AUGUUUUAUGAGCGCGGUGGUUGGAGGUUUGGCCGCCGGGCUGCCGGGGGGCCGCCGGGCCAGGGAGGAGGCUGGAGGGGUGAGGAGAGGGGAGGGUGUGUGGCGGCGGUGGUUUACAUUAGAGGGGAAGGUAAAUAGCAGCUGCUGUUUUAAAAGCCUGGGAAAACCACGCCCACAGAGAGAGCUGGAUCGGGCUCCCUUAUCGGAAUGUGAGCCAGAGCAGAGAUAUUUCUGAGCCCGGAGAGCUCACACGAUCAGACCGAUGCCUCCUCCUCCUUGUCCUCCUUCUCCCUCACAUCGACCUCCUCCCGGUCUGGUCUCUCCCCUCCAACUCCCCACCUCCCCUUCAAGUUUUUUUUUUCCUUUUUAAAUUUCAGGUCAUAAUUUUAUUUGCUUAUCUUUAUUACAGCUAAAGGGACGCAUGAACAGACUAGUAGUAAAGAUAGAAAUAAACAGGGGCCAUAAUUGCGUCUCAGAAGUUUAUUGUGGGCAGCGUCUCUUUUCCUUCAGGUUGUACGACUUUACGCACAAACAGGCACUUCGGUCAAUCUGUACCUACUUUUAAACGAGUGGGUAAAGUUUGAGGUGUCACUGAUCGUGUUUUCCAGUUACUCAAAUUAUGAAUAUUAAGUGAUUUAACCACUGAGAACUCCUAUACUAUACUGAAUGCGAAGGAGUAACAUUAAAGAAAGAUUACUUUUACUUCCAUAUCGCAGAACAACUAUGCGCGACUUCGGUUAUACAAAACACACACAUGACAGAAGCAAUCCGCAAACGAAACAAAAUGUAUUUAUAAAGGUAACCCUCCUUUGUUUUUCUCCUUGAAGGCUACGGAGCCCCUGCAUGGGCUCUCCGCUGGGCGCGCACACCUCCAGCUGCUGCAAAGACCGCGACACGUGGCGCGCAGGCGACCAGAGGAAGGCGCUCCUCUCGCCGGCUUGCCGCCUGGAUCUGUGGGGCGUCGCCGGCGGCUGGCCGCAAGAUCGUGAAUUUGAUAGGCACCGCGGAGCUGCAGCGCGGGGGAUCCGGAUCCUCAGCUGAGCACGGGAGAGGCACAGAAAGGGGUUUAGUUUCUCUCCAAGUCUACACUUGA